GCGCACACCUGCCUCCGCCAUUUUGUUUUGAUUAUUGAACGAGCGGUGCCGGCGCUCUCGGUAAACUGCUGGACACCGGCUGGGGGAGGGAUGGCGGCGACUCGGUACCGCCGGUUCCUCAAACUCUGCGAAGAGUGGCCCCUCGAUCAGACCAAGAAAGGCCGCGAUCUAGGCUCUUUUAUUCGGCAGCGAGUGGCGCAAGGUUUCCGGGAAGGGGAGAGCACCCAGAUUACAGAUCCAGAGAAAUGUGAUCGGAUGUAUGAAAGUUUAGCCAGAAUCCAUUCUGCUUAUUACAAAAACAAGUACCCUCGGCUCAGAAACACAAGUUUUACUGGUGUAACAGUGGAAGAAUGCCGAAUGGUUCUUGCAACAGAUAACAUGAAACAUAUAGAGGAAAUGAAGAAAGGUAUGUGGAAAAAGCUACGAGAGAAGUUCACAGGCAAGCCAGAAGAUGUCCCCAAGGAAUAUGUCUAAAAGUUACAACUUUUUGUCCCAUCCUGGAUUCAACCAACCCACUCAAAUCUCCUGAAUGAGACAAGGAGUCACGUUGAAAUUUCCAAGUUACUGCUAAUGUUUUUAUUGUCUGACUUCAGAAGAUUAUCCAGCAAAAUUCAAGGUCUGUGCUGACAAGAAUUGGAUGAGAUUCCUUUGCUUUCAGCACUACUUUAUGUUUAAGCAUCUAAGUGAAUAAUAACUUCAAAUUCUUUCAAACAGAGAUAUGUAGCCUUUUGUAAAGAUAGUAACUAAUAUUACUGUAGGAUCAGGGUAAUUUAUAUCUGUAUAGUACUGGGAGACAGUCACCGAUGGUGUAACCUCUGGAGGCCGAAUGAAAGGGCAUCGGAAGAGGCAAACAAAUGAAAAGUUCAGCUGGCCGAGAAGAGGGCUCAGAGAAAACGCAGGCUAGUGAAUCCUGCACCUUCUCAGCACACAGUCUCCCUUUGCAGCAAAUACGGCAGAGACUGCCAUGCCUAAGUGGUAAUGUUUAAUUGACCAUGACAGCACAAACCAUCAUAUCACAAGGCGCAAGGCUGCCAAGUAAAGUAGGGUAUGCAGGGUGGCCAGUUGUGUUGCAUAAGAUGUACAAAAUAUAUAACAAUGCAUUUGCCCAUAUUUCACUGGAAGUAUGAUACAUUCGAUGACAUUUCCUACCCAAAAUCCCACCUCUGCCUGAUUUUCCCAUCCGUACCCUCCCCUCUGCCUCCCGUGUAAUGCCAGUAUUAAUGGCCAGGAAACCCCAUUACAUGGGAUUUUAAUAUGAAACUCUCCUAUCUGUCACACUUUAUGUUUUGUCUCUGAUCUGAUUCCAUCUUCUAACAUCUAGCCUAUCUUCAACUGCCUAUUUAUGCCUUGGGACAUGUUUUAAACCUGCACAUCUGCGCGCACUGUACUCUGGCCCAGAUGUUUUUAUAUGUAAAUGACUACCUUAUAUUCCUCUUUAUUCCCUUCUCAGUCACCAGCUUGUGAGGUGGAGUGUUCAAGCUACCCCGUUCAUUCCUCAUCAUUUAGUCAUUGUCAGCAUUGUGACUCUUCUGAGGUUUGAAUGUGCCCUUUGGUAGCCAGAACAAGAAAGGGAAAGUCUUACCAGAAUACUGUACAGUCUUAGUAUGAUAUCUUAUUUGUAUUCUAGCAAUAUAAAAUUCAGCAUUCUUUUGCUGCUUCACUGUGACUACGUAUGUCAGGAUUAGCACCAAGUAAACCACCCCAGUCCCAUGGAUAUCUUCAUCCUUUCAAUACCCUUUAUGAAACAUAGAAGUUAUCCAUUUUUUCUGCCCACGUGCAAUACUAUGGCUUUAUCCACAAUAAAUUUCAUCUGUCACUGUUUUACUCAGACAAGCUUAAGUUUGGUUAUUUUGUUGGGUCAAGCCCCUUCGCUCAUCCCCUGCUUCCCUUCCUGAACUUAGUAUUGCAUUAGGGCGUAUCAGCCCAAUGUUAAUUUAUCACAAUUAUAGUUAGAAAGAGAUCCAACACUGUCAAUUGAGUACUCCUCCUUUAAACAAAUACGGUGAGAAAAAAUAACUCAUUCAAUACAAUGUGUAUCACUCAAAAGUGUUAUGCUUUAUAGUGUAUCAGAAUAAAUUAGAUAUUUCUAUUUACUAUAA